AUGGCCUACAACAGAUCCUACGACCCAGACUCCCUCCCCAGGUUUGCCGAGCCAAACGAAAAUAACCCCAGCCAGGCGCCUGCUCCUCAACAGCGCCCACCUCCUUCUCAGCAGCAAUACCGGCCGCAGCCUCCACCUCCUCAGCAGCACCGUCCACAGCCACCGCCGCAGCAAAACUAUCACCAGCAGCCGCCUCCCCAGCAGCGCUACAACCAGAACCCGCCCCCGCCGCUGCCAAAGGACCAGUACUCGCGGCCGCAAGACCAGUACGCACGACCGUCGCCGACGCAGCCCCAGGACCAGUACGCGCGACCGUCGCCGACGCACCCCCAGGCCCAGAACCUGCGCCAACCCACCAACUAUGGCCACUCGCCGCCCGCGCACACCACUUCGAACCGGCCGCCGCCACCGGCCGCCGACAGCAGACCGUCACCGACCUCGAUACCCCCGCCCUCUCCGGCGCCCGGCGCAGAUUCUGGCGCAGACCCGACGCUGCUGCCCCUCUUUCGCGCCGUAGACAAAGCAGGGACCGGCCAGCUGACCGAAAAGGAGCUCUCGGCCGCUCUCGUCAACGGCGACUGGACCGCCUUUGACAUCCAGACGGUGCGCAUGAUGAUUCGCAUGUUUGACGCCGACCGCAGCGGCAGCAUCGGCUUUGACGAGUUCUGCGGCUUGUGGUCGUUCCUCGCCUCCUGGCGCACGCUCUUUGACCGCUUCGACGUCGAUCGCUCCGGCAACAUUUCCCUCUCCGAGUUCACCGACGCCCUGAUUGCGUUCCGCUACCGCCUCUCCCCGCAGUUUGUCGAGCUCAUCUUCCGCACCUACGACAAGCGCAACGAGGGCGUCAUGAGCUUUGACCUGUUUGUGCAGGCCUGCAUCUCGCUGAAGCGCAUGACGGACGUGUUCAAAAAGUACGACGACGACCGAGACGGGUACAUUACGCUCAGCUUUGAAGACUUCCUGAGCGAGAUUCUCAAGCAGAUGAAAUAA